UAGGUUGGUGGGUGGUGGAUAACCUUGUACAAUAUAGGUGGAGUAAUCUACCUCAGUGGGUUUGAACCGUCUCAGUUGAACUCUGGAAUCCGUAGUUUAAACCUAACCUGGAGAAUCAUAUUCAACCUUAACCAGGCAGUUUUAAUUCAGCUGAAGAUAAACAUGAUUUCUCUUCUUGUUAGCUAUCUACUAAUUCAGACCAUAACAGCCCAAGAGAGCAACUACCAGUGUGAUCCAACCCCUCUUGGUCUGAGUGAUAACUGUAUAGGAUGCAUCUGUGAAGCCAGUACAAGAUGCGACCAAGCAACUCAGUGUGUUGGAGGGAAUUCUUUCUGUGGACCUUUCCUCAUCUCUAAAAGUUUCUGGACGGAUGCAGGACAAUGUGUGAUAGAGGGAGAUAAUAGUCAGGACCCAGAGAGUUGGAGAAGAUGCUCCUUGGAUAUUAUCUGCGCAGCAAACACAAUCAGAUCUUACAUUAAUAGGUUUGGGAAGGACUGUAACGGUGAUCAGCUGGUGACCUGUGAAGAUUACGUCAUGAUUCAUAAGAAUGGUGGCUGGAACUGUGGGAACUCUCUUGCUGGAACAGAUUUCUGGAACAUUUUCCAGAAGUGUAAAGCUGAUGUUCUUAGCGGGGGACAGAAUAUAUAAAUAGUUUUAUACACGUUUUAAUAAAGAUUUAACAAUUAA